AUGAUCCCAGAACUGGUAUAUUCAAUGUUGGCAUGUGCUCGAAUUGGUGCAGUUCAUUCUAUUGUGUUUGCAGGCUUUUCCUCAGAAUCCCUUUGUGAAAGAAUCCUGGACUCCCAGUGUGCUGUCCUCAUUACUGCAGGUAUGGAAAUAACUGUGUGCUUUGGAAGAAUACAUAAUGGAACACCUUGCUUCACGUUAAUGAGUUCUGAACACUUUGUUUUUCAGAUGGUGUAUUCAGAGGCGAAAAAAACUGAUCAACUUGAAACAUAUUGCAGAUGA